CUGGUGCAGCACUGCAGCACAGCUGGUGCUGUGAUGUGUGAACUUCCAUGUGGACGUCGAAGCCCUUAAACUAGUACUGUUUGUGUUUUUGACUCGUUUAGGUGUAAAAAAUGGUUCAGCGCCUGACGUACCGCCGUAGGCUGUCCUACAACACAGCUUCCAACAAGACCAGACUGUCCCGAACACCUGGGAACAGGAUUGUUUACCUUUACACCAAGAAGGUGGGGAAGGCACCCAAGUCAGCAUGUGGUAUAUGCCCAGGGAGACUGCGUGGGGUUCGUGCUGUGCGCCCUAAGGUUCUCAUGAGGCUGUCAAAGACGAAGAAACAUGUCAGCAGAGCCUACGGGGGCUCCAUGUGUGCAAAGUGUGUCCGUGACAGGAUCAAACGAGCUUUUCUUAUUGAGGAGCAGAAGAUUGUUGUGAAAGUUUUGAAGGCACAAGCACAGAGCCAGAAGUCAAAGUGAACCUACUUGUAGUUUCAGCCCAAUAAAUGAAAGUUCUACUUC